AUGCAGCGGUUGAAUUAUUAAAAGGAAGGUUAACUUCGAAAAUAAGGAAUGUAGCAUGUAGAAGAUGAUGCUACUGCUAUUGCUUUGCAUUAAUAAAUAAAUAAGUCAUCAAAUAUGUAUGGAUCUGCGAAUAACAAAAGCAGCAACCAAUAAAUUUCAAUUUUCAACAAUCCAAAUAUAGCAACAGUAAAAAUGAACGAGAUAGAUGAAGAAAUGAAAGCAAAUAAAGAUGAUAAAGGAAUCAGAGAGAGCAGCUCUCACAGCUCAGGAGAUGGUUCGGCUACAAGCAAGAUAAAAAGUAUUCUAAGCUCAAAAUCUCAUUCAAAAGAUUCUGGUGGAUCUUCAAAGUUAAAAAGUGUAAACAUUGUGCCAUAAGUCACUGUCUAUACGAUUCCAAAUGGUGAAUCACAAGAAUCAAGUGACCAAAAUGAGCAGGAUUCUUAAAGCUCAGAGUCUUCUUCCAAUGAAGAUUCGAGCAGUUACAGCUCUAAUCCUGAUGAUAAACCACAACAAGGAGAAAACAAUAAUUAAAUACAUGUGAAUAAUAUUGAUAUGGUUAGUGUAAAUAAUAAAAACCACUAAAUUGAAAAAUCUCAUUAUUCCAACUAGUAAUCACAAAUAGACAAGAAUCAAAAAAAUCAGCAAGAUUAAAAAUCAAAGUCAUAAAAAUAUCUAGCGUAGUCUGAGCCAGAGUAGAAAGACAACAACAGCAAAAAUAAUUAGAAUAAUGUAAAUAAUAAUUAGUAUAUAUCCAGUAAUAAUAGUAAGCUUGAUUCAAAACAGCAUUCUAAAACUUCGUGUUCUUGUAACAUCUAUUAAACGAUCUUCUCAAGUAUGGGUGCCUGGUUAAACGGCCAAUUUACCUUGCACUUUUGA